AUCUCAUGGCAGCCUCACCUUCCUUUUUCCAUCAGGAUGCUGUGCCAAUUUUGGCCAAGACAGCUAAUGUCAUAGUGCUGGAAGGACGUGAUUUGAAAGGCGUCAAAGGCGACACCCCAGUGACCUUUGUACGGGUUGAAUAUAAUGCCCUCAUCCUAGGCGACUCUCCAAAACUGGACGUAUCCUCAGAUGGAAGCGUGAAGUACAAUUUCAGCAGCUCCUUUGACAUCCACCCUGAAGGUCCUCAUUUGCUGGAUGAUCUGGCGCACAAGCCCUUGUUAAUCACUGUGAUUGAAGUCUUGCCGAAGGAGAAGAAGCAAAAGGAAGAGAAGACAGUGCCGCUUGGCCAAGCUGUAUUGGACCUACUUCCUUUAUUGCAAGGAUCACGUGAUUUUAAAACAACACUUCCACUCUACCCUAUGCCUGGCUCACCCCUGGAGUCCCUCCGACCAGAUGCCAAGUGUAUCCUCAGUGUGCUAGUGACCGUUCAGGAGAGCCUGCUCUCUCCCUACCAGCUGUCGGAAGGCAAUCUUCUAAGGGUCACGGUGGAAGGUGCUUACGCGGUCCCAGAAGUGUUUGUUCCCACUGGACCCUUGCAGAACUACAUGGUUGGCUUCCAAGUGCCAGCAGUUGGAGAGAAAGAAUGCCCCUUUGUCUUCAAGAAUGGGACCCUGAAACUUGGUGGUGAGCGAGAGCCAGUGCCACGGCCCAAGAAGUGGCCAGUCAGCAACAUCUUAGCGAUGGGGGCUCAGAACAUUCCCGACUGCUUUAUUGUUAGCAGCACUUAUGAAGAGGAAGAUGGAGAGCUAACUGCGCUGGAGGAUAGAGAGAUCAGGAUUCAGGGAGAAACUAUCAAGAAAAGAAUCAUGUGGGACUUGGAGAGGCGCUGUUACCUAGAUCCUGCAGCUGUGGCCUGCUUUCGGAAACGGAUUGCAGAUUGUCGGUACUGGCCUGUGGAGGUGGCUAGAAUGCCUGCGGUAACAUCCACCAAAGGAAAAACUGGCAAAGCAGAAAAGGGAGCUGGCGUUGGCAGUGGCGGUGGUGGUGGAGAAGAAGAGCCUAUUUCUUUCCAUGGCGUGGCUUAUGUCAACAUGGUGCCUUUGCUGUACCCUGGGGUGACGUGCAUACGGGGAGCAUUCCGGGUCGUGUCCUACCAUGAGAGUGAAGUGUUUGAAAAGACCAAGUGCGCCACCAGCCUCUUCCGCGAUGGGCACCACUUGGGGACCAAUAGGUUUGGGCCAGCAGGACCACACGUCAAAGGCAUGGGGAAGAAUAUGAAGGAGGAGAAGCCAGCAAGGGAGAAUGUUGUGCGAAAGCUCUCCAACAUUGUGAAAGUGCAGCCAUCUGAAAUUACUGUAGAAGCGGCUAUGUCGCUGUGUCAGAACGUGGAAGGACAGCAAUACGCAGAUGCUGGGACAUUUCUGGUACUGGAAUUUGCCCUGGACAAAGCUUUGGUGCCCAAACGUUUGCCAGAGGAACUUGCCAGCCGGGUGCAGGAGAUGAUUCCUCCACGCCCUCAGCUGCCUCGAAGGACCACAGGAGCAAAGAAGGCAGUGGAAGAUUACCACUUUCAGGUUAGGAGUAUUGCUGAGACCAUCCUGGAAGAGUACCACGAGCUCUUUGGGAGGCAGUUGGUCGAAGGCCUUGUGGUUGAUGAACACACCCUGGAAAACCAGAAGUGCCAGCUCAACUACGAGCUGAACAGCUCAGGGAAAUAUUUUGCUUUCAAGGAGCAACUCAAGCAUGCCGUAGUGAAAAUUGUGAGAGAGAAGUACCUGAAGACAACUGCCUUUGAGAGCCUGGACCAGCUGCAGGCCUUUCUGAGCGAGUUGUAUGUUUACCUGGUGGAUCAGAUGCACGUUGCUUUGAAUCAGGUGCUGACCCAGCAAAGCCCCAGCCCACCUCCUCCCACCUACAAUACCUCUGAACACCUACGUCUGUUUGCUCGCGAAGCCCAGGCAAAUGGGGAUUACACCUUGGCCUCGACUUACUACCAGGAGAGGCUGGCUCGUAACCUCCAGGAUAUCCAGAACUGGCUCGAUUAUGGAGCUUUCUGCCUGCUGAUGGAGGACAAUCUCAAAGCCCAGGAGUGUUUCCGGGAGGCUGUGGCCCUGAAUCACAACCACCUGCCCAGCCUACUGCUCUGUGGCAUAAUGGCGGUGAUGCUGGAAAAUUACGAAGAGGCAGAAGUCUUCUUUGAGGACGCCACCUGCCUGGAGCCCAGCAGCGUUCUGGCUUGGACUAUCUUAGGGUUGUUCUAUGAUAUCCAGGAGAAUGACAUUCGUGUGGAGAUGGCAUUCCGGAAAGCGACCAAGCUCCUGAAGGCUCGAUUGGCCAAGGAGAAACUAUCGGUGGAGAGCACAGAAGCGGGAAGAAGGAAGCGCCUGUCGGCCUCCACUUUCACACCAGUGCAGUCUGUUGCCUUUUCCAAGGAAGAGCUGAUUUCUGAAGAAAGUCUGGAUGUGCCCUCGAAGCUCCACUCAGAGUCCUUAGAGCCAACCGUUACCAUCCGCCAUCCAGAAGAAGAGGGGGCCACAGUCAAGGUCUCCAGGAGGCUCUCACUAGCUUCCAGCAAACUCAGGGUGCCUUCUCUGAAAGAACCUGUCAAGAUGCCGGUGGUUGUGACCGAUGCAGAGAGUGGCCCACCCCCGCCUGCCCCAGCCCCCAUCUCCAUCUUCAGGGAGACCAUCAGCUUCUUGAUGGAUGUCAAUGCCCUCCAGUUUGUUCACAGGGCAUUGGCUCAUGAACUGGCCAGCCCACAAGGAGGCCCCAGCUGUGAGUAUUACCUGGUUCUGGCACAGACCUACCUCCUCAAGAAAGAAUACGACAAGGCUGAGAAAUGCCUCGAACAGGCAGUCCAGAUCAAUUACCUGAAUCCAGACGUUUGGGCCCAGAAAGGACAUCUCUGCUACCUGACCAAGAACUUCAGUGAAGCAAAGGACUGUUAUGAGCGGACCAUCAGUUUUGUCAGUGAUGCUGCCGACAUGCAUUUUGUGUACCUGCGGUUAGGAUCCAUCUAUCUGGAAGGAAAGGAGUGCGACAAAGCAAAGAGUAUCUUCCUGCUGGCAAGUAAGAAAUCUCCAUCCUGCCUCACCUGGCUGGGAGUGGGAAUCGCCUGCUACAGGCUCAAAGAGAUGGAGGAGGCAGAAGGUGCCCUCUCCGAAGCCAAUGCCUUGAACAACAACAACGCGGAAGUGUGGGCCUACCUGGCUCUGGUCUGCAUGGAGGGUGGAAGGCAGCUAGAGGCAGAACAGUCAUACAAAUACGCCAUCAAGCUUGGCUUGGCCAACCAGGACCUGCUCCAGGAGCUCAAAGCGGUGCAGUUACAAGUUGGCUUUGGCGACCCGUCUUUCUGAACACUUCCGGUUGACAGCUGCUCUGGCUGUUUGAGCACAGGACAAAUCAUCGGGAAGAUCUCUGUCGCCAGGCCCUUGCUGUUCAGCAGCCCAGUCCACAACUUAAAUCAGCACAGUUGUGUUGCUGGCCUCGGCCAUAUCCGAAGUUUAUUCUGUGUAAGCAGGGGGCGAUGAGAAUCCUUAAUUCCUGUGAUCAGCACUUUCCCCCUCCAGGAUGCUCCCAUUACCUUUUUUCUUAGGCUAAUGCCACGCUUAUGGGGAAAAACUCGUAAGCCACACGUUUACAGGCCUUUGUCAGCCGUUUUGUUCACCAGAGAACCCCACAAGACAUCUCAUCCCAGUUUCAGCUUGAGUUCAUUAAGCCAUUCGGGGGGGGGGGGUGGGGGCAGGAAGAAACACCAUUUAUCACAAUAUGGGCACAGGGAAAGCAGUAGAGGCCCUCGUGUAGGGACACGCUGCGUUCAGUUGUUUACCCAGCUCUCUCCCUCAGUUCGGAGCCUAGUGCAGUGAAGAGCUUCCCAGAGAUUCCCAAAUGACUAAUGGGGAGCUCAGUUGGAUGCAGUUUUUGAACCCACAGCUCCUGGAAUGAUAGUGGGUGAAGGCACGCGUGUGAAGGCGUUUUGAUGAUUAGGAAGUCCCCAUAAGCUUGAGGUUCAGUUCCAGGAGACUGUCUAGGAGCAAGUGACAUAGCCAGCUUUUCCCAGCUGGAGUGCUCACUGCAUUUCAUUGCUUUAGGCUGAUGCUUUUAAUAUUGGCUUUUGUUUUAGCUUGUAGGUCGUAAGCUUCAGGUCCUAAGCAUGCAGGGAAGGAAUACAUUUUGAAGGGAAUAUUUUAAA